GGUUAGACAGCACUACUUACAGACCGAGUGUGACGCGGGGAGGUCAGCACUGCAAGCUUGAAAAUAUUUAGUGUUGUCACCAACUUUGUCUCACAGAGCACAUGAUGGCCAGUGCCCGAAUGUAUGGAGUGUUUACGGCGCUAGUGGCUGUCGUCACUAUACUUACGACUAUGAUAUUCUCCGUUCUGCCUGAAAAUCCUCAUCCUGAAAUAGUCGUGUUUCCAAAAAAAGUCUCAUGUCGAUACAACACUGGGGAUAAGCUUGAAAAAGUCACAAGCCAAAGCGACUUAGAUCAGGUCACGUACCCAGGGAAUACAGACGUUACCGUCUUAAGUAAUGCCAGUGACCAUCACCAAGGAGACGUUCUUACCGUAAGGGUGGUGGCAAGGGACAAGAAAGGAAGGCCGAAGACGUACGGAGGAGACUUCUUCCGCGCCAGACUGGUCAGUAGUGACCGUUCGCUACAGGCCAGUAGUGCCGGUCACGUCACUGACCACUGUAACGGUACCUACACUGUGCAGUUCCCGCUUUACUGGGUAGGCGGCGUUUCGAUAAAGAUUCAGCUCGUCCAUCCGAGUGAAGCAGUGCAGGUUCUACAGAGAACGAGAGAAACUCCGAACAAGCGGUUCUUCGUCUGCUCCUUCUUCGACGUGAAAACGAAGGCUACAGAAACAAGACAAUGCUUCAGUUCUCCCAACCCCAGCCUACCGCCCCAACAACAGUGCGAUUUCUCCAAACGGGAGGUGAACGGAACCUGGAUUUGUGACAAGCCGGAAAAACUUCCAUGUUCCUCUAUUUGGUUGUGUCGGUGGGACGGGGGCAAAAGUUAUAAAAGAGCAGUGGGUCUCCUGUCUGGUAAAAUGGAACCAAAACUUUUCAAAAAACCAUAUCUCGAGGCGGAACUUAAAGUAGACACCAAGGAGCCCAUACGUGUCCUUGAGGCAGAACUGACCACACCUCAACACCUUCCGGCGUGUACCGGGGACGUACGUGAGUCUGGGGUCACACUGGGUCAUUGGUCAGCCAAGGUCUGGACAUCAUCAGUCUGCAAUGUCCGAGUUUUUGCCAAAGAGGACAUCCGGCGGUGCCUGGCUAACAAGACAGUUUACAUGCAAGGUGACUCCGCCCUAUUACAGUGGAGCACUCGUUUGAGGGAAGUGAUACCAUUGACAGACAUCAUCGGUCCCGCAGCUAAGGACGGCACGCCUAAAAGACCUCCACAUAUCAGACUAAGGAACAGCAGCCAAUGGAACAUCUCAGUUAGUUUCCAGUUCCAUCACUUCCCCACACAAGGGCACAGCUGGAAUUACUUCUACGAUUUUAGUUACACUGCCGACGUGUUGGACUCCAUUCGCGGAGGCCCAAACACGGUAGUGGUUCUCGGUCUGUGGGCUCACUUUACCGCCGAGCCGCUGGACAUGAUCCGGUCGCGUCUGCACUACAUACGGGGUGCUGUGCACCGUCUCCUGCGCAGGAGUCCGGACACGCAAGUCUACGUGAGAACUGGGACAACGCGAGAACACAAUAAAGGGAAGUUGGAGUACUACGUGCUUGGGAGCGACUGGCUGGCUUACCAGAUCACGGAGGUGAUACGAGAGGUGUUCCGGGCGGAUCCAGACGUGGUCGUGCUGGACACAUGGGACAUGAGCGUGUGUCAGCCGGGGAAAGACAGCAUUCACCCUGAUCAAACUAUGGUGGACAGUCAGCUGAACAGAUUCUUGUCUCAUAUCUGCCCAAACUAGAGAGAUAAACAGUGAAUUCAUGAGAAAAUGAUCUGAGGUGACAGACGUAACGACGUGUUGUGCACACGGGAAUCGUAAAGUAAAAAAAUAAUAAAUCCUUUAUUUCAUCGACGUUAUGAUGCAAUUAAGAACUCACGGUUGUGCUGAGGAACAGUGUAGAUUUCGUGUUUGUUUUGUUUUAGAGUUAUGUCAGGAUCUGUAAAUACAUGACAGAAGCGUCGCCUAUCGAAUUGAUUAUUGAUUGCAGGCAGGAAGAAUAUGAAACAUCAUUUACUGACGUAACUAUCCGCAAUAACUAUAUCCCAAUGGCAUUUUUUUUUGCACAAUAAAUAAAGAAUAUUCAUUCUAAUCACAAUUUUAGUAUAAGAGUAAAAUAUAUUCUGUUUACUUGCAUCUGUUUGAAAGAAAAUUGGUGAAUUUUUGCGUCGGGGAAAGUUAGAUAUCCAGGUAAUAAGAUCAUACGCAAAAUAGCAAUUAGAGCUACUCGGGCAACUUGAUAUGAUUGUGGACUCAACCAUUGA